AUGUACUCUGGAGUUGGCUUUUCGACGGCAUUGUCGAUCAUCCUUCUGCUCGCCCAUCAUGUUUCUGCAGGACCAACGGUGAAGGUGUUGAAUGGCACCUACGAGGGGUUGUCUCUCCUCAGCUACCAACAAGAUCUUUUCCUAGGCGUGCCAUAUGCCCAGCCUCCCACUGGCAACCUCCGCUUCAAGGCACCACAAAGCAUCAACUCAACGUGGACUCGCACUCGCCCUGUGACGAAUUAUGGAGACAUAUGCAUGCAAUAUACUGUGAGCACAGGCCUGUCAACUUCUCUACUUGACCACCCAAUGUCUGAAGACUGUCUCUCACUCAACGUCAUCCGCCCGAGCAGCCUCAAUAGCACCGGACUCCUUCCUGUCGCCGUUUGGAUUCAUGGUUCAUCUAGAGACAACAACCUCACAAACUUUGUGCGCCAAGCAUCUGCAGCACAGAAACCUCUGAUAGCUGUCUCCAUUAACUACCGGCUUUCGGCGUUUGGGUUCAUCUGGGGGUCUGACGGGGUGAAAGUCAACGGCAGUGCCAACAACGGUCUGCGGGACCAGCGUCUGGCCCUCCACUGGAUACAAGAAAAUGUUGCUUUCUUCGGCGGCGAUCCGCGUCGUGUGGCAAUCUUUGGCCAGAGCGCUGGAGGCUUGUCAAUCGGCAAACAACUCAUUGCCUACGGAGACAGAGAUGACGGUCUAUUCCAUGGUGCGAUCAUGCAGAGUGGCGGAAUGGCCGAAAAGUGGCCUUAUAAUACAACGUCUUGUUCUGAGACAGCCAGUCCGUUUGAGUGCCUUCGUAACCUGCCUGUGGAAACCAUUUCCGCCGUCCUGAACGUGAGCACCACACCGGUAUUCCCAGGCACGGGUCUCGGUCCCUGGCUCACUCAGGUCGAUGGCGACUUCCUUCAAGAUGGACCCACGGAGUCACUCGAGAAGGGCCACUUCGUCCGUUUGCCAAUCAUGUACUCCACCACCACUGGCGAGGCAACCGUCUUCAUGUUUGGCGGGAAGUUGGAUACGGACGACGACUUUAGGGCUCUGGUCGCAGCAGGGGGUCCAGAUAACUUCACCGUCUCCGCCAUUGAGCGACUUUACCCCAACACCAACGGCACAGGGCUUCCAGCCGGAUACAGCCCGACCGCUGAAGAUAACCAGCUUUAUGGAUCUCAGUGGAAGCGCGGGGUCGAGUUCCAUACCGAUAUUGUCGAGACUACUUCCCGACGUAUGACGUUGAAGGCUUGGGCCGCUGCUGGUGUGAAAGCAUACUCAGCUCGUGUGAACCUGCUGCCUCCUAGCACCACUCCUCGCCUGGGGUCUCACCAUUCAAUAGACGUCUCCUUCAUAUUCGACGCCCUUGAAGAAGACACGAUGAGCGAGCCACAGUUUGCCACGGCUUCGAAGCUCAUGGGUAGGGCAUGGGCGUCUUUCGUGUCGAAUCUCAACCCGAAUAAUCAUGGAGGUAUUCUAGGCUUCUUCCUUAGAUGCAAACCCUGGUACUCUGCUGACUCGAAUCAGUUCCCGGGACUCCCAUAUGGCCGGCAUGGACUGCUGAGAAGUCGAACAGAACCAGCUCUAAUGUCGUUUUCAAUGCCAACAGCGAUCCGUCGUCCAAGUCUUUCGUUGAAGUAG